AUGAACAGCUUCAAGGGUGAGAUUAUGGAGAUGAUUAGCAAAGGCAGGGUUGGCCCAAGUAAGGGUCGGUCGGCAAGGAAGACUCCUCCAGAAAGGAGAAAGCCAAUCAGGGACAGGCAGCCGAAUCCACAUCCAAAGGACAAGGCAGCCGGGACCUUUGACUGGUCCAAAAUUCUUCUACCCCAGAAGAAUACUAGAAGCACCCGCCAGAGUGAACAACUAGUGGGUAAAAAUAAAUCAACUCCUGAUGCUCAGGAAAUCAUCACCCGCAGGAGGAAUCAGCGGCUGUCUGAGUCAGCUUCCACCUCAAGCUUUCUAGACAGCUUUAAGAAUACAUCUGCAGGAAAUGCCCAAUCCUUGCAUGAGAGCCAUACAGGCAGUAAUACCGUCCACCCUGGCCCUCAGAUGAUUGGGAAUGCACCGUACGUGAAGGGACCUGAAGGCGAUCAGAUCCUUGACACCCAUGAUAAGAUCAGUGAAAAAUUCGACUUUACUGCUCAUAAAAAAGGACCUUUCAGUUUCUGCUUCACCAAUAAGUCACCUUAUCAUGAAACCAUUGAUUUCGAUGUACAAGUCGGACAUUUUUCAUACUAUGACCAGCAUGCAAAGGAUGAGCAUGUGAAACCUUUGGUAGAGCCGAUUGAAAAGCUCGGUCAAUCUCUUUACAACAUUCAGUUUGAACAGCAUUGGCUAGAGGCACAGACUGAUCGACAUGCAAUAGUGAAUAAAGUUAUGAGCAAGAGAGCAAUCCAUAAAGCCGUUACGGAAUCAUUUGAUCUAGUUGGUACGAGCGUGUUGCAGAUAUACUUAUUGUGGCGAUUAUUUGAAAGGAAGCUUGGGACUUCAAGAGUCUAAAAGAUUCAUCACAUUAGUGAUUUACUAACAUAUUAUAAUCUUGGUGUUUCACUGUUUUGGGAAAUAGCUUAGUCUUGCUUUAGGAUCUUUCUAUUAUGUUAUUUUUAAAUGAAGAUAUCAAUGGAUUUUCCCUUUCUUCUUCUUUUUUUUUUAUUUUAUUUUAUUUAUUUAUUUAUUUAUUUAUUGUAACAAAGAAUCUUGUAAGUAUAGGUUUUUAAUUAGGUGAAUCAAAGAAAUUAUUAAACUUUGCAUAUCAAAGAAAUUAUUAAACUUUGCAUAUCAAAGAAAUUAUUAAACUUUGCAUAUCAAAGAAAUUAGUAUAGGUUAACAUGUUGGUGUUUCUCUGAUUGUUAUCUUUUGGUGCUCUUGAAGGUACUAAUAAGUUGCAUAGAAACUGCUGGAAGCACCAUGACUCGACAUAAGGCUCUAAAAGAACAAUACUUAUUCUGCUGCUCAUGUCCUCGUUGCAUUAUAUUAGAUUUUUGUCCAAGAACAGCCCGGUAUGAUGUUGACGAGUUGAAUGUGGUUCGAGAACAGUGGGCGCAAUACUUUAGAAGUAAAUAUUUAUUGAAUGCAUAACUAUUAGUUUAGGUAGAACAAAGUAAUAUUAUUAGUGUUGUUGUAUGUGUUGGAUAAAUUUAUACAAGUUUUUAUUUGUAAUGUAGUUUUACUACUUCAAUUUUUA